AUGCUGCCCACCCCCUUCUCGGUGAAGGACAUCCUCAACCUGGAGCGGCCGGGAGCUGCCGGGGCAUCGCGCACCGGCCCCCGACUUGCCCCCGGCCCCGGCGGGGACAACGAGCCGCUGCCACCGGGAAAACCUUUGCUCAGGCAGCCCUUGGAGGCAGAGGAGAAGCCAGCUGAGCCCUGCCACCGGCCCAGGCAGCGCCCACGGAGGAAACCCAGGGUCCUGUUCUCCCAAGCUCAGGUUUUCCAGCUGGAACAGCGAUUCAAGCAGCAAAAAUACCUCUCUGCUCCAGAAAGGGAACACCUGGCCAACCUGCUCAAGCUCACCUCCACCCAGGUGAAAAUUUGGUUCCAAAACAGGAGGUACAAGUGCAAGAGGCAAAGGCAGGAUAAAUCCCUGGAGCUGGCUGCCCACCCGCUGCCCCCACGGAGGGUGGCAGUGCCUGUGCUGGUCAGGGAUGGCAGACCCUGUCUUGGGAGCUCCCAGACUUUGCCAACUCCCUACAGCAUUGCUACCAGCCCUUAUUCCUACAGCUCCUACUACAGUACCUAUAGCAGCAGCCCAUAUGGUGUGAGGUAUGGAGGGGGGUACCCCAGGGUGACCCCCAGCACCAUCCCCGGCAGUUCCUCCAUCAACGUCAGCCUGGGCAUGGCCAGCGCUGCUCAGCACCAGCCCAUGGGCUUGCAAGCCACAGGGCAAGCUGGGAUUAGGGCUUGGUAG